GUACUUAACGGGCGAGGUAUUUUGCAAUCCCUAAUUACAAGAGAGGAGAAAAAGAAAAGAAAGGGUAAAAGCGAGGUGGAAGGAUUUUAAAAUUUGUUCGCUCUUCUAUUCAUCAAGACGAGAGCUCCUCAGUUUCAAUUGCUUUGAAGUUAAUUUGUGGAAUCUUUUGUGGGUUUUGAAAAUCCGAUCGAGGGGAUGGCAACUUUUGGAGGGACAACCCAAAAGUGCAAGGCAUGUGAAAAGACUGUGUAUUUGGUGGAUGAGCUCGCAGCUGAUGACAAGGUUUACCACAAAGCUUGCUUUAGGUGCCACCACUGCAAGGGUACCCUUAAGCUGAGUAAUUAUUGCUCCUUUGAAGGUGUGCUAUAUUGCAAGCCUCAUUUUGAUCAACUUUUUAAGAUGACAGGCAGCUUGGAUAAAAGUUUUGAAGGUACUCCAAAAACUGUUAGAGUUGAUCGAUCUGCUGAUCAGGGUCAUACCAGCAGCAAAGUUUCAAGUAUGUUUGCUGGAACUCAAGAAAAAUGUUUUGCUUGCAAGAGAACUGUGUACCCGAUAGAAAAGGUGGCAGUUGAUGACACCUCAUACCAUAGGGCUUGUUUCAAGUGCUCCCAUGGAGGUUGUAUGAUAAGCCCGUCAAACUAUGUGGCCCAUGAACAUCAACUCUACUGUAAGCACCACCACUCUCAGCUCUUUAAGGAGAAAGGGAACUUCAGCCAACUUGACAAGCACGAACAAAGUAAAGGAGUGACUGAGAAAACAGCAUCUGGGUGAGGACACGAAGAUUUUUAUAUCAGCGGUGACAUUCUGAUAUCACAUAAAUAGCAGGUUUCUAAGCAGAGUCAGAUUCAACUUAAGUACAAGAGUUGAGAUUAUGGGCAAAAUAUAAAGAUAUGUUUUUGUAGAGAAGAGUCUUAAAUAGAGGUGAGUCUCCGUUUCUAAUUUUUCAAGCAUGAGCAUGAAUAAAUAAUAGUUGAAGAAUUGGGGUUUUGUACUUUUAAUAAAUCUUUCUUGUAAUGCCAUUAGGUUUAUAUAUCAAUGGUGAAACAUAAAUAGCAGGUUCCUCAGCAUAUUGUUGAAUUAAACUGUUAUGUACUAUAAAAGUUGAAAUUAUAGGCCACCUUUCUUUGUAGGUAUGAUAUUUAGAGGAAGGACUUGAAUACAGAUGUAUCCCAGUUUCUAAUUUUUGGGGUGUGAACCUGAACAAGUAAUGUCUGAGAAGUGGUUGUUAUAUUAAUUUAGUCCUCUAUUUAAUUUUGUUAA